UUCUAGUGUGUUCCUGACUCCUGCCCGUCUAUUCUUUACCUGAAUUUGAAUUGUACUCUGUGGUGUAUUAAAUUUGUAUUGUCAAAUGCCAGUUAACCAAACAAGUUAAACCAGGGGCAUGAAAAUGGCGGGAGUAGAAUCAAUGGUUGUCGAAGAAGUUAAACCGGCAGAAAAACCAGUUGAUAGAGAAAAGACCUGCCCUCUUCUGCUUCGAGUUUUUUGUUCAACUGGCAGACACAAUUCUCCUGGUGACUAUGCAAGAGGUGGGGUUCCGCAGAAUGAGUUGCAAAUAUACACAUGGAUGGAUGCAACUCUUCGGGAACUUACUAGCCUAGUUAAAGAAGUGAAUCCUGAGACACGUCGUAAGGGUACUUACUUUGACUUUGCUAUUGUGUAUCCAGAUAUGCGGACACCAACAUAUCGCAUGAGAGAAAUUGGUGUUACAUGUUCUGGUCAAAGAGGAAAUGAUGAUAAUAAAACUCUCUCCCAAGUGAAGUUUCAAAUUGGCAAUUAUUUGGAUAUAUCAAUCACUCCUGCUAAUAGAAUGCCUCCUCCAAUGAGACGUCCACAACCCUACAUGAAUAAUAGACCGUACUAGUGAUAAGUGUGUAAUUGUAAUUUUUUAAAAGUAAUUAUAAGAACUAUGGGAGAACUA